AUUUGAGAGAUCUUGAUCGAUCUGCAGGAAUCUCAGUAGUGCGAUGGACAGCAGAAGGGAGUCUGCCGAGACCUUGAGGAACAAAUGCUCAGCGUGCUUCAGGCAGUACAACAAGAUGGAGCACCUGGUGGAGCACAUGAAGGUGUCGUACCACUCCGUCCAUGAGCCCAAGUGCGGCGCGUGUCGGAAGCACUGCCGAUCCUUCGAGUCGCUCAGGGAGCACCUCAUCGGGCCGUUGCCCAAGGUGGAGUGCGCACGCGUCUUCAGCGUCCGCGGCUGCAGCAUCUGCCUCAACAUCUUCGACAGCCAGGCUGCUGCCAGAUAUCACCGCUCCGCCUGCCAGUACUCCCGUGCUGCUCCGAUGCCGAAGAGCGGCGCAGGUGGACGAGCGGUUGCCAUGGCCUGCAAGAUGGUCGGAGGAGGAAGCGAUGGAUCGGUAGACCUCUGUGCUAGAGUGUGCCUUAUUGGAGAGGAUGAGACCGUCAUCUUCCAGACCUAUGUGAAGCCUACGGCGCCUGUCACUAACUACAGGUAUGAAGUCACAGGAAUAAGGCCAGAGUAUUUGAGGGAUGCCAUGCCACUGAAGCUUGUGCAGAGGAGGAUCCAGGAGAUCCUCUGCAACGGAGAGCCUCUGUGGAAGAUACGGCCAAGGAGCUAUGGAAGGGCAAGGAUCCUUGUUGGACAUGGCGUGGAACAGGACCUUGAGCGCCUAGGGCUGGAGUACCCCACAUUCAUGAUCAGAGACACUGCAAAGUACCCACCACUGAUGAAAACCAGCAAGCUGAGCAACACCCUCAAGUACCUUGCACAAGCAUAUCUUGGGUAUGAUGUCCACACUGGCAUUCAAGAUCCAUACGAGGACUGCGUAGCAGCAAUGAGGUUAUAUAUCAGGAUGAGAACACAAGCUCACCCGAGAGAUUACGCCUCUGGUUCAGGGGAGGUGCAGAACAACUACCCGGCCUGGAGGCAGAGGGAGCUGGAGAGGAUGAGCCCAGAAGAACUCCUGGCACUUUCAGGAUCGGAUUACUACUGCUGGUGCCUGGACCCUUAAAUUCAUGAGCUAAAGAGAACUAGGCAGGACCGACUGAUGUUGGUUUUGUCAUACUCUAUCCAUAGUAAUAACGAUUACGUAUGUCUAAUUAUCUUUGGGCUUAUGUAUGGCUGGGUUGAGUAUAGCAUCGGUGAUUUAGAGUUGUACGAUUCAUAUUUAACAGCAAUGAUAUAUAUAUGGCAAGAGGAUUUCCACUUUGAUUUAUGUAUCUGGAGAAUGACAAAAUCAGAGCAAUAGCUAUACACA